AUGACAGGGACCCAGAUUACGCGAGCUGUCACCAUGAGGGCACAGACACCUGUCACCAUGCACGCUUGGACACCUGUCCUGGUGUUCCUCCUACUAGGCUCUGCUGCCCCACAAGUCUUUGCUGGCUCGGGCGCCUUCGACGGCUCUUCCUACACCUUUUGCGUGGCCGUACUGUUCAACGCCUCAGCGAGCGACAUUGCGCUCAUGCAAACAGUUUUCACUGCGGCCAGUCAGGUGUUUAACGAUGCAACGGACGGGCAGCAGCAGUUUGGGACGAUCAAAAUCGUGCCCAACUCUGUGCUGUCAGAUGAUGCGGAGUUCUACGUCCACCCGCUCAGCGGCCGCGCUGACCCCCCGACCGCCGGCAUCGGGGGAGGGGGACGCUACGGAUACAAAGGGGAGCACGUCAAUCUUUACUGGCCGGACAACUUUGCGAACACGACCGUGGACGAGGGCGCGUUUAGCAUCGCCCAUGAGAUGGGCCAUCUAGUGUUUGGACUCGGCGAUGAGUAUUCGGCGAGCGGGAACACCUCGUGCGCUGCGGAUACAGCUGACGGCAGCCUCUCGUUCUGCUUGAUGGACAAACUUCCUGACGCUCGGCUCGCGCAGAAACGACACCACCGCGCGGCCGUCGCUCAAGGAGUUCUGCGUGCACGACUGGUUGUGAUCGACCGGUCGUACAGCAUGGAUGAUGACGACAAGUUUGAGUACGCUAAGGCGGGGGCGAUCGCUUAUAUAAACUCUCUUUCUGAGGGCGACAGGCUGGCGGUGGUUUCCUUUGUGUGCGGCGCGGGGCGCGACAUGGAGCUGACGUCAGUCGACGGGUCCGGCGUCGUCAAGAGCACCGCCAACAGCGCCGUUCAGAACCUGAAACUGGGCAGCGGAACCGGAAUCUCCGCCGGAAUCCAAGAAGCGAUCGACAUCCUCAUCGACGCCCCGGUUCGACCCUGCCGGGAGAUCAUCCUCCUGCUCACCGACGGCGAUUACAACUGCGACGUCCAGCCGACGCGGCUGAUCCGGGUUCUGCAAACCGAGGGGAUUUCGCUCAACGCGCUCGCGGUCGGAGUGGACUUAACCACGGCCGGGUUAACCGACUUGCGGAACCUGGCGUUCAGCGCGAGCGGGCAGUUCUUCGCGUUUCACACGCCCCUGGCCACUGUGAGCACGUUCCUGGAACUAGGCGCGCGCAACAUCGACAAACGACAAGUGGGCUCGUUGGUGGGUCGGGAGACGUCUACCGGUUCCGCCAACGGAACGAUUCCGGUGCAGGUGGGGCCCCUGGCGAUUCUGUCCGAGGUCAACAUGACGGAGAUUUCCUUCGUACUAGUUUUCAACUCGUCCGUCGCGAAUCUGACGGUCCAAGAUCCGGUCGGGAAGGCGGUCCAGGUCACCGGCUACAACUUCACCACGACGUACAGCAACUUUUCGAGCGCCCAGAACUUUACGCUGACAACCAACGCGACGCGGCUGAACCAGUCACUGGGUUUGAAUACGUCGUACAACCUGACGCCCAACACCCGGGUCGACAUCGGGCCAAACUUUGUGGGAAUUACCAUCUUCCAGCCGGUUCCGGGGAUCUACAACGUGUCCGGCGUUCAAGUCCCCAACGGAACCGCCAACGCCAGCGCACCCGCACCUGCUCCCGCGCCAAACCGAGCCGGCUCGAGAAUCGUCGCGCCCCUGGUUCCCCAGCUCGACCUCUACGUCUACGGCAAGAACCAGCUCGGCGCGCAACUCGUCGCCUUCUCGCUGCCAAACGGGACGGUGAAAGCGCCAACUGCUGUCGUCAUCGAAGGCAGCCUGCAGUACAAUGGCCGGCGGGUGCUCAACGCCGACGUCACGGCUGACGUCUUCUUCCCCAACGGCACGCGCGCAGGCAGUGUUCGGCUUUUGGACGACGGGAACUACGCGGCAAACAACGACACGUUUCCGAACGACGGGUACUACACCGGGCGCUUUGCGGCGUACGGCGUCCGAACGGACGGCGCGUACACGUUCCGGCUGACCGCCCGUUCCGGCGGAAACGCCACGAUCUACCCCGGGGAAGCGCUCUUUGCGGGGCGGAGCCCCCCGGCGAGUGUGGAGGGCGGUGUGCCCGAUCUAGUUCGCCAGCAGCUUGUGUCUGUCGUUAUCUCCAACACCCCCUAUUUUGCCCCGGCAGCCACCCCCCCGCGGCCACCUGCUUCCACAUGAGCAAAGUUUUGCUAAGCGUGCCGUUACUCGCCUUUAGGUCAGGUGUUGAAUCCUGAUUUUGACAGCAUGUGUUAAAAAACGUAGGUGUCGAGGUAUGGGACGCCUUUCUGCUGCGCUAAAUUGGCGCUCAGACAGCUGGUCAAUUGUUGCGUCCAAGUGAAGUCAGAUAGUCAAUUAAAGUUUGAUAUGUAUAUUUGUGAGGAUGGUUUGGUAGGCCGGGCGAACGAACGAGUCUUCUUUAGGGGCAAUAUUUUCUCGAUGGAAAGAUGAGAAAGUUGAUACAAUACGUCACCACAAAUAUGUUCGUUUUGUUGCUAGUCGUUCAGAUUAUGACGGUGGUGCGCUCGCGGCGAGCUGCAGAAAGGUCUAUUUAAUUUAUUGACGUGAGUCAGGGAGGUGGUGGCCUUGACACUUACAUAAGGCCCUACGAAAUAGGCCCUGCACUUACGCCGUUCUUCUUCUAGGUUUGAAACCUAUACACAAAGAGUAAGCUCCAAGUGAGGAAUUGCAGUUCUCCAACACAAUCAAGUAAAGUCGCGUGUCGCCUAGAAGGAAGUGCAGCAAACGGCUCAAUUUUGUAAGUACAUAACCCCGC